GUCCAUGAGAACGUUGAGAGCCGAGCGCUCGACGCAAUGAGGUGGAGAGUGACGACAACCGUCGAACCUUCAUCUCCCAACUGAAAACACAACACACCAUUUCUCAAGCCAACAGGCACGUUAGAAACAUGUGGUUCCGCCACUUCUCAAUCCUCCUGAGAGGCCUGUGAUUUCCCGCAAUCCAUUAAGCCCUUGAAGUCGGAGGAUUUUUCCCCCGUCGGCCGAUUCACACCGAGUAGGCAAUGACAACGGCCUCCGCAACCCCGCAUCAGAUGAGAGACCGGCUGCUGCAGGCCAUCGAUAGCCACAGCAAUAUCUGUAACAUGGUUGCAGUUCUUGAUGUUAUUACCAAUUUGGAGAAAUACCCUAUCACCAAAGAAGCACUUGAGGAAACCCGCUUAGGAAAGCUGAUUAAUGAUGUGAGAAAGAAAACAAAGGAUGAAGACCUUGCCAAACGUGCCAAGAAACUCCUGCGGACCUGGCAGAAGCUUAUUGAUCCUGGACAAAGUGACACUCCAGCUAGAGGAGUGCCAAAUGUCCCAGGCUCUGCCAAUGGAAGUGCUCACCCCUGCCGGAUAGACACACCUCCAGUGGUCCCCCCACCAUGCAAGGUUGCUCUAGAGCUCAAAACCAGAAAUGACAUCCACAACACGUACUCCCCAAAAGCAGAGAAAUCUAGCACUCGAAAACGGCGGGGCGAUCAAAAGGAUAGCCCGCAUCUGCCCGCCAAAAUUACGAAAACGUCCCUUUAUGAGAAAAUGUAUUCUUCUUCCCCACCAUCAAAUGGAAUUAGGGGGAGCCCUGAGCAUCUCUUGGAAAAAGAUGAUGAUGCACCAUCUGACAGGAUCCGCACAGAGCACCUUGAGAAUGACAGGCAAAACAAAAUUCCUGUCAAUGCUGUGAAGCCUCACCCAAGCUCGCCCGGGAUUACCAAACUACCUAGCACUUCUUCCUUACUCAAAGCAUCAGUGUUACAGCAGCAUGCGAGAAUGGAUGGUGGGCAGCAUCAACCUAAAAGCCCUCGGUACUCCUCGAGUCCACGCAGUGUAACAAACGAGGCCAUGGCCAAGAGGUCUUCUGCAUAUACACCGAAAGGGACUCCGUCGAGUCCAUCUCAGAAUUCUUCCCAAGUGCCCUCUCCUUUGCCUACAUUGCAGCCUUUAAACUCCCCGGCCCAAGUGUGCAUUGGUGAUGGUCCAUCAUCUGUUGGGCUUGAAGGCUCAAUGCACUUGCACAGAUCAACCGAAAGAGUCCCCCAGCCCACACACAGCACUGCAAAACUGGAGCCGCUACCUGACUCCCCGCUCAUCUCCCAUCAAGCCACACGCGGUUUAGAGGGCACAGAGACCAAAGGUGAGCGAGAUGGAGCAAUAUCUAACUCAGAGGGCAAAAAGAGGAAGAAGUAUAGGCCCAGAGACUACAAGGUAAAUGUUCUGGGGCAGUCCUUAGAGGACAGAACAAAGCCUGUCCGAUUAAAAGAACGUAGAUUAACGUUUGACCCGGUGACAGGACAGAUUAAGCCCCUCACUCCAAAAGAAUCUCACCACGAGGAAGAGUGCCAAGGACCGCUGAUUUCAGAGCCCCCAAGAACUGAGAUGCCCCAACAAAAAACACCUACAUCAGUCCCCAACCCCUUUCAACAGACAAACUGGAAGGAGCUGUCCAGAAAUGAAAUUAUUCAAUCUUACCUUAAUCUUCAGAGCAAUGUUCUCACAUCCUCUGGAGCACAGACCCAUGGGGCACACUUUUUCAUGAAUGAAUAUUUAAAACGAGAGGAACAUGAUGUUAAAGAGUUCAGAAAAAUGCACGUUUUAGUACCUAGCAGCUCUGAUGCUGAACUACCCGGGGUGACUCGGGAGGUAAACAAUGAGGACCUAAUCAGAAUACACAAGGAACACUGGCCAGGGGUGAACGGUUGCUAUGACACCAAGGGAAACUGGUUUGAUUGGACGGAAUGCAUAUCGUUGGAUCCUCAUGGUGAUGAGAGCAAAUUGAACAUCCUGCCAUAUGUUUGCCUAGACUGAGAAAAACGAGGUUAUGCAGACUUGAGUUGGAAAAGUUUUUAAUGUUCCCACUAUGUUUAGGGAGACUGAACUGUUAGUUUCUCACCUUGUCGCUCUGUACUAGGUUCCUCUUAUAGGUGUAAUGAAUGAACAGGGGUUGUUCCAAGUUUGCCAUGAGAAGGAACCAAGAAGAUGUCCUGUAUGUAAUGUGCUGCUACCAACAAGAAUUUGCAAACAUGGGUUGUAUAUAAUGGCUCGCAGGGAUUUAACUGGGCCAGUUAUUGCACAAAGUGUGAAUAGGAAGAUCAGAGCAAGCAGUGAGCAGUACAGAUAUUUUUGAAAGCAAGUUGAGAAUUUUUUUGGCAGUUACAAAAAAAGCUUUAUGUGGCAAAGAAUAUAUUAUAAAAGUUUCUUAUCAUAUAUGCAUCUAUUUAUUUGACCAUUUUCUUUACAUUUUUCCUAUCAGAAGGUUAUUCACUAAGAUGUGCAAAUAUCUUUGAGGCUUUUCUGUUGGCAUCACAUAAUUGUGCCCUUCUUUGUGAUGUACGUGUGGCAUAUAAAAAUACCUUUUUCCCACAACGGUUUUACAUGUGUGUGCUAUUUGCAGUUGAUAUCGACAUUCCAUACAGUACCAAACAUAAUUUCUUGCUUAACAUAUCUUUCUCAAUUUAUCUAAGAUAUGUGAUUUUCAUAUGAGAGAAUAAAGCAAUCUAUUUUUAAAAGUGUUAAAUAAAACAAUAUUUUAAAUAAAUCUGUUUGCCUAGAUAAUUGUAAACAAAAAAUAUUUCAAAAAAUAUGCUAAAUAUGUCAAAAAGGAGGAAAAAAAAAGUUUUUUUUGAACGCAAAUAUUUGAAUGCAGAUAAUGGUCACAGAGGGUGCUAAUUUUCAUCAUACUGUGAGGACAGGAAAGCAGGAAAAUGUUAAUAUGCUGGAAAUAUACUUGUUACCAUUCCUUUAGAUAUCGUUUGCCUUAUUGAAUAUCAUAAAACAAUGACUUUGUUAUUUGAAAAGCCUUAGUGAAUGUAUGGCAUUUAGACUUUUUUUCAGGUGGUACAGAAGGAAACACCUCUUUUGGCAUCUGCCAUCUGGUCUUUUUUUGUUCUUUUUUCAAAUCGACGCAUUGUGCUAUAAAUGUGUCAAUAAAUAUGCGCAUUAUCCUGCUUGUCUGUACAUAGUUCUUGCAAUCCGUGUAAAACUUUGCUAAGCCUUUUUUGUAUUUUUAUUAUAACUUUUCUGUUUUGUGUGAAUGUAAUUAUUCUAGAAGGAAAAUAAGCAUUUUGAAUGAAAG